AAGUAGCUGUGGUGCUAAUGGUUAGCGACGAACAUCUCGGCAUCUUUUCCUCUUCAUCUUGACAAAUACUCGUGUGUUCUUUCGGUGACAGAGAGGAUGCGGUACGAGCCACCUCCAUUAACCAUUUAUAGCAGCAUGAGCGUCAACGACUGAUUUUUAAAUACGACAUACUACUCAGCACAAAGACUUGACUCCAGUUCGUCUACUGAUGACUGUAUGUACUGACUUCAGCCUUUGCUUAAUUUUGUAGACUAUGCAACAGAAAGAAACUGAAAGAAAAUGAAGGAGAGGCUGCUCCGCGGAUUGCUCUCGGAGAUCUCCAUGCGGAUGCUUUUGUUAGUGGUUUUCCUAGUGACCGAGCAGCUCCCUCCCUUCAACCGGGAGAUCCAGGCAGAGGAGAUGUGGCUGUACAAGUUCCAUCGUGUGGAGCGAGACCAUGUACCCACCUCUCUUAUGUUUAGUGUAGCUGUCUUCACCCCAUUGAUUGUAAUCCUGGUUUUCACUUUCAUGAAGAAGUCGGAGCAAGGAGACCUGAGAGAGGCCUCUCUGGCUGUGACUUUGACUCUGGUUUUGAAUGGAGUUUUCACCAAUGUCAUCAAACUGGUGGUAGGCAGGCCUCGGCCAGAUUUCUUCUACCGCUGUUUCCCAGAUGGUCAGAUGAACCUGGAGCUGCGCUGCACUGGUGACCCAGAUACUGUUAUGGAGGGCAGGAAGAGCUUUCCCAGUGGGCAUUCCUCCUUUGCCUUUGCAGGUCUGGGGUUUACAGCCUUGUACGUGGCAGGAAAGCUGCGCUGCUUUAAUUCUGUGGGUCAGGGCAAAGCCUGGAGGUUGAUUGCCUUCCUCAUGCCCCUGCUGGUUGCCACUUCAAUUGCCCUCUCUAGAACAUGUGACUACAAACAUCACUGGCAAGACGUUCUGGUGGGUUCUCUGCUGGGCCUUACGUUUGCCUGGCUGUGCUACAGACAGCACUACCCUCCACUGCAGGAUCCUGACUGCCACAGACCUCUGCGUCACAGAAAGACUGUUCCAGCCGCUCAGGAGCGCAAGUUGGCCAACUCCAACUACAUCCUGCCGUUGUAGACCAAACCAAACCCCUCAGUAUGUGAAAUAUAUACAGGGUUACUUCAUGAUUCUAACUCUGGUUUAAACACCUGUCACAGCUGGGCAGCCAAUCAGUAUAUACUGAUGAGUAUUUUUGACCUUUGUAGCUAGAAUAUGUAUAGUCUGUUCUCUGAACUGAAGUAACAACCGUUGUUCACUCCUGUGGUUUCUAACAAAAACUACCAGCCGAUGGUAACUGACGUCAUGUGACAAACCUUCCAAACCUGUUGAAAAUAGUUACUGGUACUUCCAUCGUUGUAGGUGUUCUGUUUGUCAUUGUUUUUCCUUGCGUUCCAAUUCCACAUUCCUUAAGAUGCAAUACAUUGUAGUGAUUAAAACCAUUUAUUAAUUAAAACUGGUUUUAAUGUAAUUUAAAUAUGCAUUGCUUUAGAUAAGAUGUUUACACAAUAUGUUCAGCAAAAAAAAAAAAAAACACAGGCAACAGUCUUAUAUUCUUUCACUUGCCUCACACGAAUGAAAAGAAUAAUUCUGUCAAUCUUUUGUUGCCAUGAUUGACAUCUGUAAGAAAACAUUUUAUAGAACUAGCUCUUUUAUUCCAAACCAAGUGGUUGCUGUAGAGCUGAAACCUAAAGCAUAAAGGCAUUAAAAUCACAAUCAUUACUGCAGUAGAAAACAUCACUUACACUCCACCAUAUGCAUACUAGUGAAAAAAAAACGGUUUAGGUUAAAAUAUAUCCCAAUCAGACAUUUCUGUUUUUGGGGUUUGAUAAGAAAUAUAGUUCUUCUUGAAAGGAAUGUACUUAAUGUAUCAUAAUUUACCUGUAUACAGUGUUUUAUUUGCUGUAAAUUAGUGUAUAUUUACUUCACAUAUGAUGAGGUUAAAACUGUCUUCUGGAACUAUCAAAGAGCUUCUUUACAGAUGCCUUCCAGAUCUGUUCUACUCUUCCUAUAAUAACGUUAUGACCUGGAACAGUGACACAGACAGUUUAAACAAAAAAGCACCAACAUUAUUUAUUUCCUUUAUCCCACAGUAGCUAAUUCAAGAGGAAAUGGGUAGAAUGUGAAUACUGUAUGGUGGGCUUAUUGUAAAAGGAAAACACGUAUCACUACUAUAUGAUUUAUGUCAUUACUGUUGCCCUAUGUUGUCCUGGACAAACAUGUAGGACACUGUUUUAAAUCCUUAAAUCUAUGAGAGGGAUGUAAAGCACAAUCCUGGGUACAACGCCAACAUGAUGUACUGUAGUAACUCUUCCAGCUCCGCAACCGAUGCAUUUAAACGUCACCUGUCGUCUUUGGCGGUAGAGCUGAUGUAAUUUAACCUUUGUAUUUUUUACGUCAGUGCUCUCAGGCCCACUCACUACAUCCCUUGUUGUUCUGUUGUGUUUGUUUUUUGUUCGACGAGAUGCACAAUGUUGUGUGUACGUACUGUUUUGGGGGGUCUGUGCAAACCUUCAAAGGCAGAUGUAUACGCAUACUUGAUAUGAUAAAGCUGCAAAAAGGGGAAUAAA